AUGAAAGAUGAGAAUGGAGCUCCAACCCUGCACAAGGCCGUGAGAAGCCGACAUGAAGAUGUAGCCAGUUUCUUGGUGAAAGAAGAUCCUGAAUUUGAAUUUCCAUCCAACAAGGUGCGGGAGACACCAAUGUAUCUGGAAGCUGAGUCUGGUCUUCGUGAAGCUUUGGUUGAAAUCUUGAACUCCUGCAAGCGACCAACUUCUUCUACAGGUCCAUUAAAUCGAACACCUCUGCAUGCAGCAGUAAUUCAGGAACACACGGAUUGUGUGAGAUUGCUGUUGCAAUGGAAUAAAUCUUUGUGUGAGGAACUUGACGUGGGGGGUUUGAAUUCGCUGCACUUUGCUGCUCUUUUAGGAUUGAAUGAAAUAGUUUCUGAUAUGUUGGGGUGGAAAAAAUCCUUAGCCUACUUUCCAGCAGGCAGUGAAAAUGACCGGACAACAGCAAUUCACAUUGCAGUCGGUGCAGGUAAGGUAGACAUUUUACAUGAGCUAUUAAAUCACUGCCCUGAUUGCUGGGAAUUGCUCGAAAGCAAUGGAAGAAAUGCUCUUCAUGAAUCCAUAUUAUACAGUCAAACAAAUGUGGUAAAUUUCUUAUUGAAGCCAAAGUGGGAUAAGCUUAUCGAGGAUCCAGACAACGAUGGCAACACUCCUCUCCAUUUUCUUGCUUUCUCUAAUUUCUGGGGCUAUGUUUCUUUGGAAUUAAAAGAUCAUCCCUGA